AUGGUACAACAGUCUCCGACACACAGCGGCGAGGGUACCGAGUGGAUCGGUGUGCACGCGCAGGACCCGGAGCAGUUGGAACUGUUUGAACAGAUGGUCGACAAACACUUACCGUGGAUCCCCAUACACCGGGUUAGGAAGAACCGCUCGUUGUGCUGGACGCACUACCUUUGUCAAGACGGAACAAUCAAGGUGCUCAAGUGCAAGCACUGCGGCGGAUUGAUUGCCCAUAUCGGGAAGGACCGCUCGUCUACCAGCCGGUUUCGUUCCCAUCUGAAACACCACCACAGGAUAGAUCCAAACUCUGAUUAUUAUAUGGGACCGUGUUUAUUACCAACGGCCGUACGUGCGCCGGCGCAGGGCGGGAACAAUAAUAGUAAUAGUAAUCGUCAUAAUAAUAAUAAUAAUAGUAAUGCAUCGCUGUCGGCGGCAGCAGUAACGGAGACGGCCGCAGCAUCAGCAUCAGCAUCAUUGUCUUCGCCGUCGUCGUUUUCUUCAGAUUCUUCGGUGUCUGCCCCAUCGCGGCGGCCGGUGCACUCCGGCCGGCCCUUCAAAGUAGAGAACCCGGGUCGCGAGCGACGUACAGUGCUUAGGACCGAGCUUCUUCUGGGUAUCAUGACUGCGUCGCAGGAUCUGCGCCAGCGGUUUUUUGACAACGAUGUCGUUAAGGAGCUGCUUGCGCGGCUAUCGGACUUUGACACUUUGGAUCUUCCGGCGGCUAUUUCGCACACCGCACAGGAUAUCGACGAUAUUAUUUGCCGAACAAUAGUUUGCAACGACCGGCAUAUGGCGCAACGGUUUGUGGUCAAUGGGUCAAUGCCGAUGCAUGCGGUUAAGUUGCAGAUUUCCGAACGCAUGCAUACGUUAUCGCAGAUGACGUUUUUUGCUGUUUCGUAUCGGCAUUGGGUUGUUCCGGAUAUCUCAGCGUGGGGGUUAACUUUCUGCGAUCCGUUGGAGUUCCGUCAGUACUGUAUUGUUGCCGAUGUUGCUGCUGGUGGGGAUGGGGCUGCGGCGGGUAUGGAGCAGUUGAGGGCGCGGUACCCUGGGCUGGGGAGGUAUCUGGUGAGUUAUAUGGAGCCGCAGCCGCAGCCGCAGGGAGGCCCGCCCGCGGGGCGGGCCACGGGCGGCGGUGGGUCCGCGGGGAACGUGUGUGCUGUUACGGAGCUGCACCGGUGUUUUUCGCAGAUCUUCGGGGAGGACGUGGCACGUGGGGCGCACGUGACCGAAGGCGGGUCCUGCGCGGGCGGAGGCCUCGGCGGCAGCAGCGCGGGCGCCAGCGGCAAUGUGGCUGGCAGUGCCGCCGCUGACACAAUUAUGUCCUUGCAGCACAUCAGACUGACAAAUCCUCUUUUACUUCAAAUUCAAGAUUUCUCCAACAACUCCAAAAACGAAUGGCAGACAAGCAUUUCGAAGUUCGACCUUGCCAACUACUCCACGCUGACGGAGUCUAUUACUUCGCUUCUAAAAUUGCGUCCUUUAUUGGACAUUCUUGAUCCGCAACCGUUCACUCCGGGCAACUAUCUGGAUAUGGUUCAUUUCACAGAUGUAGUGCAAAGUUUCAACCGUGCGUUCCAGUUUUUCACUUGUGCCCCGCAGCAGACUUGGCAGUUUACUUUGCUUGCUGUGGUUGCGUUGGACGAAAACCUAUCGCAAACUUUGGAGGAGGUGGGGUCUGUUGCGAAAUUUAGUAAUCACCUGGAGAAUUGUGUUUCUUCUAUCUCGAGGUUUAAACGUCGCUUGCUUGCUAAUGAUUGGUACGUGUUGGCUUCCUUUUUGGUUCCGACAACUUUGUUCGAUGAUCAACUGUUGGAGGUUUUAUUUGAUAGUGAUUCGCUGCCCACAAUUGUUGGUCGGGCCGUUGAGAUGAUUUACCAGUUAUCGAAGGAUUAUUUUGAUCUGGUUGUAGCGUCGCCGUACGUCGACUCUGCAGUUGGGGAUUCUGCGGCGACGGAGGCGAAGCAGCGGGCCUCCAUUAUUACUUCUCCCGAGGAGCUUGCCGUUGUGAUUCGGGAUGUAAUUCGCGAUGACAUAUAUGCCUAUCUCAACAUAGUGAACGACGUCGUGCCGAUGGCGUUCCAAGCACAUUGCUCUUCCUUGGGCAUUACGAAGAGCGUUGACGGGAGUGAAUCCGCAGUUUACAAGCGUAACGAUACCCCUCUGUCGUCCUUGGACACUUUUCUCGACAUCCAUGUCCCCAUUGCUCGCCGCUUCCAUUUAGAAAAAUGGAACGCUCUAGGCCAGUCCAUACGGUUCGUCCUUAAAGUACUCAACUCGCAGCCAGGCUCCACUAUCUCCAGCGCGAAUUCCUUCUUGGCCGAUUACAAACCAAUAUCCGGCGAUGAUAUGCUCGUUGAGGUUCUGAAGGUCAAAUCGCUCGAUCUGCAAUUUAACACCACCAAAAUUGACUUUGAUCAUGAUAAUCUAUCUCUAGUGUGUAAGUAUGCCAGCCGUCCAGAUGUUGCCAUUGACCAUACCACCUAA